GCCCCACUGUAACAUAGGAUUUGCCUCUGCUGAGAAUCCAUUUGGAGGAAAGAAUUAGCUAUCCGUCAUCUCCGCUCACAGGACGAUAAUUCCGUUAUUUCCCAUUCGCAUCGUGUAGAGGCGAGACUGUAUUGCGGCCACUGAUAAAGCCGCAAAAUAACAGCUUUGGGUGGAUUUUCGGAGGGGAGAUAAAAUCCACAUUCUCGCUGGACCAUGGCUGACGACGACGUGCUCUUUGAAGAUGUGUACGAGCUCUGCGAGGUGAUUGGGAAGGGCCCGUUUAGCGUGGUACGCAGAUGCAUCAACAGGGACACAGGACAACAGUUUGCCGUGAAGAUUGUGGAUGUGGCCAGUUUCACCUCCAGCCCUGGCCUCAGCACAGAGGAUCUGAAGCGAGAGGCCAGUAUCUGUCACAUGCUGAAGCAUCCACACAUUGUGGAACUGCUGGAAACCUACAGUUCAGAUGGAAUGCUCUACAUGGUCUUCGAGUUUAUGGAUGGAGCUGACCUUUGUUUUGAGAUUGUGAAGAGAGCAGAUGCUGGGUUUGUCUACAGUGAAGCAGUAGCCAGUCACUACAUGCGUCAGAUCCUGGAGGCAUUGCGUUAUUGUCAUGACAACAACGUUAUCCACAGAGAUGUGAAGCCACACUGCGUGUUGCUUGCCUCCAAGGAGAACUCGGCCCCAGUCAAGCUGGGUGGUUUCGGAGUUGCUAUACAGCUGGGGGAGUCUGGGCUCGUGGCUGGAGGUCGGGUAGGGACCCCUCACUUCAUGGCUCCAGAGGUGGUGAAGAGGGAGCCGUACGGGAAGCCCGUGGAUGUGUGGGGGUGUGGAGUCAUCCUCUUCAUCCUGCUCAGCGGCUGCCUGCCUUUCUAUGGCACCAAGGAGCGGCUCUUUGAGGCCAUCAUCAAAGGGAAAUACAAGAUGAACCCUCGUCAGUGGAGCCAUAUUUCGGAGAGUGCUAAAGAUCUGGUGCGACGUAUGCUCAUGCUGGACCCUGCAGAGAGAAUCACUGUCUACGAGGCCCUCAAUCACCCAUGGCUUAAGGAGAGAGACCGCUAUGCAUACAAAAUCCACCUGCCGGAGACGGUGGAACAGCUGAGGAAGUUUAACGCCCGGAGGAAGCUGAAGGGGGCGGUGCUGGCUGCUGUCUCCAGCCACAAAUUCAACUCCUUCUACGGCGACCCUCCAGAGGAGCUUCCGGACUUCUCCGAAGACCCCACCUCCUCAGGACUGCUUGCUGCUGAGAGGGCUGUGUCUCAGGUGCUGGACAGUUUAGAGGAGAUCCAUGCUCUGACUGACUGCAGUGAGAAGGACGUGGACUUCCUCCACAGUGUCUUCCAGGACCAACACUUGCAUACACUACUGGAUCUCUAUGAUAAAAUCAACACUAGAUCCUCCCCUCAGAUCAGAAACCCUCCCAGUGAUGCUGUGCAGAGAGCCAAAGAGGUGUUGGAGACCAUCUCCUGUUACCCAGAGAACAUGGAGGCUAAAGAGCUGAGGAGAAUCCUCACUCAGCCUCAUUUCAUGGCCUUACUGCAGACGCACGAUGUGGUGGCACACGAGGUGUACAGCGACGAGGCGCUCAGGGUGACCCCGCCCCCCACCUCGCCCUACCUGAACGGAGACUCGCCCGAGAGCGUUAACGGAGACAUGGACCUGGAGAACGUCACGCGGGUCCGACUGGUCCAGUUUCAGAAGAACACAGAUGAACCCAUGGGUAUCACACUGAAGAUGAAUGACCUGAACCACUGCAUCGUAGCCAGGAUAAUGCAUGGAGGAAUGAUUCACAGACAAGGAACGCUGCACGUGGGAGACGAGAUCCGAGAGAUCAACGGCAUCAGCGUGGCCAAUCAGACGGUAGAGCAGCUGCAGAAGAUGCUGAGAGAAAUGCGAGGAAGCAUCACCUUCAAAAUUGUCCCCAGCUACAGGACACAGUCACUGUCAUGUGAUAAGGAAUCUCCAGACUUGUCCAGACAGUCCCCUGCCAACGGCCAUGCCAGCGUCACUAGCUCCAUCCUGGACUUGCCAGCCACUCUCCAGCCUAAAGGACGACAGAUCUACGUUCGUGCCCAGUUUGAGUACGACCCGGCUAAGGAUGACCUCAUCCCCUGUAAAGAGGCUGGCGUCCGCUUCAGAGUGGGUGACAUCAUUCAGAUCAUCAGCAAGGACGACCACAACUGGUGGCAAGGCAAACUGGACAACACCAAAAACGGAACCGCUGGACUCAUCCCCUCUCCAGAACUACAGGAGUGGCGUGUGGCCUGUAUUGCGAUGGAGAAGACUAAGCAGGAGCAGCAGGCCAGCUGUACCUGGUUUGGGAAGAAGAAGAAACAGUACAAAGACAAGUAUCUAGCCAAGCACAACGCAGUCUUUGACCAACUAGACCUGGUCACAUAUGAGGAAGUGGUAAAACUGCCAGCCUUCAAGAGGAAAACCCUGGUUUUACUAGGUGCCCACGGCGUUGGAAGACGACACAUUAAAAACACACUCAUCUCCAGGCACCCAGAUAGAUUCGCCUACCCCAUCCCACACACGACCAGACCCCCCAAGAAAGACGAGGAGAACGGGAAGAACUACUACUUCGUGUCACAUGACCAGAUGAUGCAGGACAUCUCCAACAACGAGUACCUGGAAUACGGCAGCCACGAAGACGCCAUGUACGGCACGCGACUCGAGACCAUACGCAAGAUUCACGAACAGGGCAUGAUCGCCAUCCUGGACGUGGAGCCCCAGGCACUGAAGGUCUUGCGGACGGCAGAAUUUGCUCCCUACGUUGUCUUUAUAGCUGCACCCACCAUAACACCAGGAAUCAAUGAGGACGAGUCCCUGCAGCGGCUGCAGAAGGAGUCGGAGGCCUUGCAGAGGUCCUACGCCCACUACUUCGACCAAACCAUCAUAAACAACGAGAUUGACGACACUAUCCGCUUACUGGAGGAGGCCAUUGACCUGGUGUGCACCACGCCCCAGUGGGUCCCUGUGUCUUGGGUGUAUUAA